AUAACAAAAAAAAAAAACAACAACAACAGCUCUAGACAGCUCGGAAAAAAAUAAACAUAAUAAUUGUAACAAUAAGUUUUUAUUCAAUUUUUAAUAAUGAGUAUGAAUACUAAAGAAAAAGAAAAAUAUAUUGAAGUUUUUGAUUUUCCUUUCUGUGAUGAAUCUGCAAAACAUGAGAAAGUUGCCAAAAUUGGUCAAGGUACUUUUGGUGAAGUAUUUAAAGCCAGAGACAAGAAAAAUCACAACAAAUUUGUUGCAAUGAAAAAAGUAUUGAUGGACAAUGAAAAAGAAGGGUUUCCAAUUACUGCACUACGUGAGAUACGAAUACUUCAGCUGUUGAAACAUGAAAAUGUUGUCAAUCUUAUUGAAAUUUGUCGAACAAAAGCAACUCCAUACAAUCGUUAUCGUUCAACAUUUUAUCUUGUUUUUGAUUUUUGUGAGCAUGAUUUGGCUGGAUUGUUGUCCAAUGUUAAUGUCAAAUUUAGUCUUGGAGAAAUAAAAAAAGUAAUGCAACAAAUGCUAAAUGGAUUAUACUAUAUUCAUAGUAACAAGAUUUUACACAGAGACAUGAAAGCUGCCAAUAUAUUAAUAACUAAAACUGGAAUAUUAAAACUUGCUGAUUUUGGUCUAGCAAGAGCAUUUAGUGAAAAAAAAAAUAGAUACACAAAUAGAGUAGUAACACUAUGGUACAGACCACCAGAAUUAUUACUUGGUGACAGGAAUUAUGGUCCACCAGUUGAUCUCUGGGGUGCUGGCUGCAUUAUGGCAGAGAUGUGGACUAGAUCACCAAUAAUGCAAGGAAAUACUGAGCAAGAACAGCUGAUUAAAAUAUCACUUUUAUGUGGUUCAAUAACACCAGAAGUAUGGCCAGAAGUUGAAAAUCUUGAUCUUUUUAAUAAAAUGGAAUUACCAAAAGGUGAAAAACGUAAAGUCAAAGACAGGCUAAAGCCAUAUGUUAAAGAUGCAUUUGCUUGUGAUUUGUUGGAUAAAUUAUUAAUAUUAGAUCCAAGCAAACGUUUUGAUUCUGAUUCAGCAUUAAAUCAUGACUUCUUCUGGACUGAUCCAAUGCCAUCUGAUUUAAGUAAAAUGUUGGCACAACACACACAAAGUAUGUUUGAAUAUUUAGCACCACCAAGACGUUCUGGACAUAUGCGUCAUCCUCAUCAAGUUGCACGAGGUCUUGCCAAACCAAGCACAUCAGUUACAGAUGGUGGAUAUCAAGAUCGUGUCUUUUAAAAAUAAAUGUUUUUUUUUUUUUUUGUUGACAAUUUAUUAUAACUACCUGAUGCAAAAUUAAAUUAUUUCAAUAUUCCAUAAAAA